GUGCGCUUUUCGCGCCAUGGCUGAGUCAUUGUCGGGCGACGGCAAGGCCAUCGCUGUGGUGGGCGGGGGCCUCGCGGGGGUGGUGGCGGCUGAGACCUUGGCAAAGGCCGGGCGGCAGGUAGUGCUCUUCGACGUGGGCUCUCGGGGCCUGGGGGGCCGCUGCGGGCACCGAGAGACGGGAGCGCAGCGCUUCGACCAUGGCGCGCAGUUCCUGGGGUCGGACGGCCAGGGCGGCGAGUGGCGGGACCUGCUGGCGGCCUGGGAGCGCCGGGGCCUGGUGAGCCGCUGGGCGCCCAGGCUUUGCGAGCUGUCAGGCUCCGGAGGGAUAGCAACACCCCGUCCGCUGGACAAAACCAAGCCCUCCUUCUUUGACGUGGCAAGGCACUCGGAGCUGUACGUGAGCCCGGGCGGCAUGCGGCGCCUCUGCGAGGGCAUCGUGGCGGAAGGCGCUUUCAAAGUGGUGCGGCAGUGCCGAGUGCGGCAAGUGGCGCGAGAGGACGGUGCCUGGAUCUUGCACGGGAACUUGGGGGACCAGUGCCACCACGAGGCGGCCGAGAAGGAUGCCCAGGAGGCCAAAGAGGACUUCCUGGGCCGCUUCCGAUGCCUCAUCCUCUGCGACGUGAUGCUCUCCUUCCCCGAGUGGCACCGCGUGGCUUUGCUGGGCCUCGAACGCGAGGCCCCGGGCCUGCGAUGCCAUGCGGAAAGCGAAAAUGGCGCCCCUCUUCUCGCUGAUGGUGUCCUUCGAUUGGCCGCAAGAGCUGUCGCAAACCUUCGACUUCGACGCGGCCGUGGCGCCUGGGUUGGCUGGAACCAUUUGAAGGAAGAGGACUGCUGGGUCUGCGUGAGCACGCGGGAGUUUGCUGACGGCUGCCUCAAGGAGACUUCUAUGGCGCACUCCGGUGCUGCGGGCAGUUUGAGCUACCGGCCACAGGAGCUGGGCUACCUCACCGGUGACCCUGCGGAUCAGAUGCUGCAAGCCCUUCUGCGGCUCCUAAAUCUCGACGCAGGUUUUCGGGGCUUCGGCGCUUGUACCUUUCAAAUUUGCGCGCGGCUGCGAGAGGUCCCCGUGGAGGGCCCCUGCCUGGACCCAGAGCUGCGAAUCGCUGCGUGCGGGGACUUUUGCGGCGUUUCCGGCGCGAAAGAUGCUGCGGCGUCGGCGCUGAGGGUGGCAGAGGCGGUGAUGGUGCUGGAACAGCUCCGCUACGUCCGCUUCGUGCCCGCAGAGCCCGCAGAGCGCGCACGGGGCAUCGCCCGAAGCAUCGCCUUGCAUGGAGACUUCAUCAAAGCGGACACAAUGAGCGAGCACCCGGAGGAUAACGACCGCCUCCAGAAGCUGCAAAUGCUUGCCAACCGUGCUGCGACACACAAGUAUGUGACCCACUUCAUGGCGGUGGUGAUCUUGUUCGACGCCUACUGCAACUGCGUAGACAUCGACUCGCGGGCGGAGCUGUCGCCGACCCCCGCUUAUGUUGCAAUCGGCGCGGGCAUGUGCCUGUUGUUGUACACCAUCGAGAUGGCCAUCUUGCUCUUCGCACGAGGCUGCGUCAUUUUGAAGGACUUCAUGGUGGGGAUCGACUUGGGUGUCAUUCUCUGCGGAUAUGCGGAGAUGAUCCUGGACGGCGUGACUCCUGACUUGGCAGCCAGGAUCGGCAUCCUUCGGAUCCUGCGGCUGGCCCGGAUCAUGCGGCUGCUGCGGCUGCUGCGGAGGACACGGGCCCUGCGGGAGCUGCAGAAGCUCGUGAUCAUGAUGUCAACCUGUUUGAAGGCGUUGCUUUGGUCCUUCGUGUUUUGCUUCGUCAUCAUGACUAUUUGGGCGAUGCUGCUGGUGGAAUUGGUAUAUCCACUCAUCCUGGAUAUGGACAAGAGCACCACCGUUUUUUCAGACUGCGAGCAAUGCAUUCGUGCAACCUCCUCGGUGAUGCAUGCAAAUCUGUUGCUUUUCAAGACGGUGAUUGCCGGGGACAGCUGGGGGCUCAUUGCAGUGCCAGUGAUUGAGACUCACCCAGCAACCGCAGUGAUCUUCGUUGGAUCACUUCUGACACUGGUGUUCGGUGUGCUAAACUUGAUCGUCGCCGUUGUCGUGGAUACCUUCGCUGAUGCUCGCGACCGCGAUAUCCUCAACUUAGCUGAGGAGAUGGAAGCGGACGUCGACGCCGACAGGAGGUUUUUGGAGAAGAUGUUUAACCGCAUCGAUUCAGAUGGUUCUGGUCAGCUGACUCUCGAGCAGCUGGUGCAGGGCGCGCGGAAAGACCACGAGUUCCAGAGCCGGCUGCGGGUCAUGGAUAUCGACGAGAUAGAUUUGCAUCAGCUCUUCGAGAUGAUCGAUACUGAUUGCUCUGGCUUCAUCGAAGCCCCGGAGUUCAUCAGACCGCUGAGCCGCUGGGUGCACGACUCCAAGACCGCUCCUCGUUUCAUCAAGUACAACAUGAUGCGUACCAUGCAUCAGCAGGAUGAGAUGAUCAAGGAGCAGGAAGACUUCCGGAAGUUUGUGCAGCGGCAGUUCCACGGUGUCUCCCAGCGAAUUGACGACUUAGCCUCUUGCUUGCCACCGCUCAUCUCCCGCAGAGUCCCUGCCUACGACUCCUGGGAGCGUAAUGUGACAGAACCUCUGGAGGAGCUGGAGGAAGCGCACACCAGGGAGGAAGACUUCGUGGAGCAGCCGCGGCUCUCGCAGAAGGUGACUCUCAAACGGCUGGAGAGCCAAAGUGAGGACGGCGUGAAAGAUGCCAUGGAGCGCCUGGGGCGGAUCGUGCUGCGUGCCACGGAGCUGGCAUUGAAGGACUCCUCCGUGCGGUGCCCCGGGAUGUGGCAUGUGUGA